CAACAUGACGCUUAUGAAUGUAGUUUUCAUCAUUGUGGCCUGGGUAGAACCCCUCAAUCUCACGCUUGGGUCCGAAUUCUCACGGCUUACCUAUAUCGUCCAAAAAAGACCUUUGCUGCUGCCAUCCAAGCGACCCUACUUUAUGGAUUCAGCCACGCUGGGGUCGGCAUCCACAUGACAGAGUUGUCACCCUCGACCCUGGUAGCUCUACAAAAGGUAUAGCUCCCAUGCGUGUGCAACUGCUGCUCACCGUUCACUUCUAUGAAGGCGCACAGCUUACGCUAAGGCAUUAAUUCCGCCCCUAUCCAACAUUGAGACCGUGAUAACCGCCUCAAUUGUUUACCUCCCUUGUCUCGCAUUCGCAAAGCUCGCCUUGCUUAUGCUGUACUAUAGACUCCUGUACACAGUCAAAGCGUGGGUAUACACACUCUAUCUCGUGGGAUUUGUGGUUGUUGGAUACACGAUAGCACUAACUGUGGUGCUCAUCUUUCCCUGUGACCCCAUCGAGAAAAACUGGAAUCCGUUGAUUCUCGAAGGGUCUUGCAUUGAUCGGAACGGCGCAUACCUCGCGACCGCCGCCACGAAUACUGUCAGCGAUAUCAUAUUGCUACUGAUUCCCGUUCGAGUGAUCUCGAAGCUCCAGAUGCCGCUGAUGGAGAAGUUGGGUGCCUUUCUCAUGUUUGGCAUUGGUUCUCUGUGAGCAAAGCCCGGCUUGUUCCCUUCUUACCACGUUCGGACUGCAACGGCGGCACGAAUAUCUCGGAGCCCUUAGGGUUUGCCUGUUAAAGUCUUUUUGUCUUUGGAUGACUGAAACGUAGUGCAGGACGAUUAUCAUGAGUAUCGUGCGGCUGGCGACCUUAUGGCCACUGAUCAAUUCUCAAGAUUUUUCGUAUCACCUCGCCCUCGUCUGUACAUUCGUUGGAUAGCAACAUUGAAGCGAAUCUCAUCAUAUUAUGUGCCUGCCUACCCUUUUUGCGC